UAUUAAUAAUAUAUUCGUUUAGGGGGCACCAUUUAUGCAAAUAUCUUCUGCCCAAAUAUGGACACUGGAAUGAAAUAUGGCAGGAGAGGCAAACAUGGAGGACCAGAGUGCAGGUUUGUGAGAGCCCAGCUAAGUUUUGGGGAAGUGGAUGCUGGAUAAACCGAUCUGAUUUUCGCCGAUAUUUUAAGAGGACCUAAGUGUUGGAAUGCAUUCAUUAAGCGGGUAGUAAAUCGGAGAAGAGGCAGGGAGUCCGGCCGCGGCGAGGACUGGCUCACCGCUCACUAUGCCGCACAACAGCAAGAGAAGGGAGAGCUCGGAGCUGCCGCUGCCCCCUGGCUGGGAAGAAACUCGGGAUUAUGAUGGCAGAGUGUUUUAUAUCGAUCAUAAUACCCGACAAACCUCGUGGAUCGACCCCAGAGACAGAAUUACCAAACCUUUAACAUUUGCUGACUGUGUUGGCGAUGAACUACCAUUAGGCUGGGAAGUUGUUUAUGAUCAACAAAUCGGCGUCUUCUACAUUGAUCACAUAAACAAAAUCACCCAGAUCGAAGACCCACGAACACUAUGGCGCCAGGAACAGGAGCGCAUGCUGAAGGAGUAUCUGGUGGUGGCCAAGGAGGCUCUCGAUACCAAGAAAGAGAUCUAUCUGAUCAAGCAGCAGCGCUUGGAGCUGGCCCGGCAGGAGUACCUGCAGCUCCACGAGCUGGCAGAGGAGGACAUUCGCUCCCAUAUCAGCUCAUUCUCUGUCUCUUCUUCAAGCACAAAGUAUGACCCUGACCAAAUAAAAGCGGAAAUAGCUCGCAGGAGGGAACGGCUCUCCAGACUGAAACAAGAGCUGGUCCAGAUGAAGCAGGAGCUGCAGUACAAGGAAAUGGGAGUGGAGACUCUGCAAGAAAUUGACAGGAAGAUGUCCAGCAGCCAGACCAACUACAAGCUAGAUGAAGCCCAGGCUAUUAUUAGUGAACUGCGAACAAUAAAGAAAUCGAUCAACACAGGCGAGAAGGAGAGGCAGGACCUCAUCCAGAGUCUAGCAAAGCUAACGAUUGGCUUCGGGAGUAGCUGCUGUAUAAAAGACUCCCUGCCGGACCUCCAGAACAGCGCUGGUGUGCUCAGUGAUUCCUGUUUACCUCAGCAGUACUGCGAUGCCGGCUCUCAGACGGACCUCAUUGGAGAGUUUGGUACUGGAAAUACUUCGAGACCGGGGGACAGAGUGAGACUCAGCUGGCAGUAUGAAGAAGCCAAGAAAAGGGUUUCCAGUAUCCAGGUCCAGCUUGCACAGCUAGAGAACGACAGCUGGCCAGGCCGAGCGGAGGCUGACCGAGACCGGGAUCGGGUGCAGUUGCUCAGGGAGAAGGAGGCUCUGCUGCAGGAGCUGACCUUGAUCAGCCAGCACUGCUGCUCCCCCAACGACGUGCUGCACCUGGAGGCCGAGAGGAGGAGGCUGGAGGAGGAGAUCCAGAGGGCUCACUCCAGCUCUGCACACGGAACCACCGAGAGAGUACUUCAACAGGAGAAAAGAAAUGUGCUUCUGAGGCAGUUGGAAGAAGCCACACGUGUCGCCACUUAUUUACACUCCCAGCUAAAAAGCUUUUCUGCCAGCAACCUCAUGGUGUCGUCCGGCAGCAGCAGAGGCUCUCUGGCGUCCAGCCGUGGCUCCCUGGCAUCCAGCCGUGGGUCACUCAACUCUGUGAGCUUCACUGACAUCUAUGGGCCGUCUCAAUACGAGCACACGGAGGGUGGUGGCCUCAGUGACCUUGAGCAGCAUCUGCGCUUUGACCUUUACCCCUUCGACGCUAUCUUCAAGGACAUCACUGUGUACGGGACGGAGCCGCUCAGCCUGGGGAAGCCCAAGCUCUCCCUGGACACCCCACAGUCAUUUGCAUCUCUGUCGUCACGCUCCUCCCUGUCCUCUCUGUCCCCGCCCAGCUCUCCCCUGGACACACCCUACCACUCAGCCUCUCGGGACUCUCCGCUGGCCCAGAUGACAGAGGAGUAUAUGGAGCUGGCGGGACGGGGCUUUCUUGAGGGGCUCCGGGGGUACUCCCAGCCCUCUGCCUCUGCCAACAUCGAUGCCGCCCCUGGGGCACCCCCCAACGGUCAGUUUUGUGGCUAUCUUUUGGACAGCAAAGGGCCAAAGGAAAGCGUUCCGCAGAUAGGGUCUGUAACGCAUGGAACUGGAGGGGUGACCCUGCGCUGCAACAAUGCCGGGAGGUCAGGCAGGAGGGCCAGAAGAGUCUCUGCAGGGGUAUCGGAAGACACUCUGGCCACAGAUAGUGGAGUCUUUGAAGCGUGGAGCAGAAGUAGGCCUGAGGAUUCUGAGGUUCACCAUGUCAAUGACGCUGCUAGCGCUGAAUCACCUCAGAUCCAGCUUGGACUCAUGUAUGAUGCUGGCAAUGAAUGUCUUUUAGUCCAUUUGCUUCAACUGAAAAACCUAAACGAGGUUCUUAUGAAAGAAGUAUUUAAAAUAUAUCUUAAAAUUCACAUGCUUCCCCUUGACCCCAGCACAGCAAGCACUUACUGCUCCAAAGCGUUAGAGCUUCAGACUCUGUUAACGUUUAACGAAGGAUUCCGCAUCCCUGUUCCUGCCAGCGCUUUAGGGCUCCGGUCCCUUCAGCUGUAUGUGUGUUCUGUAGGUCACCAGGCACAGGAAGAGCUGCUGGGUGUGGUGCAGGUCAGCCUGGCUGAUUGUGACGGAUCCCCAGACAUGUUGUUUCACUGGUACCGAGUCCAGAUUGUGAGUGGGCCCGACCCGCACAGGAAAAGGAACAGCAUCCAGUUUGCAGAGGGCAGCCUGGAGCACCCUGGAAACCGCAUGCCCGUGAAAACUACGGACUCCGUGUCGGCCCUGCUGGCUCGAACGACAGCACAGCUGGAGGCAGUGGAGCGGGAGCUGGCAGGAGAGCAGGUCAAGCUGAAGUACACUGAUGAGGAGAUCCAGGAGAUGGAGAGGAAGGAAGAGCAGGCAGAGGCCGUGUCAGAGAGGAGUUGGCAGGCUGAGUCGGUGGAUAGUGGCUGCAGCAACAGCACAGCAUUUGGUCCUCAUUGUCCAGAGGGCCUGUGUGGGGAAGUAGCGUAUGGGGAGCCAGAGGGCCGGUGUGCUGCAAGAAGAACCCAGCCUCCACCACUGAAGGUGGAUAAGGAGACGAACACGGAGAGCCUGUUUCCUGAGAAGCUGUCCGUGCGACUGAAGGACAGGGGAAGCCGCAGGUCCCACGGCUCUCCCUUUGUACGAAGCAGCACCAUUGUGCGCUCCCAGACUUUCUCCCCCGGGGCACAGAGUCAGUAUGUGUGCAGACUGUACCGUAGCGACAGUGACAGUUCAACAUUACCAAAAAGAUCCCCCUUCAUGAGAAACACGUUGGAAAGACGAACUCUACGAUAUAAACAGCAGUCGUACAGGUCCUCGCUGGCAGAACAGUCGACACGGACCUCACUAGACCUGGAGCUGGAUCUCCAGGCCUCCAGGACUCGGCAAAGACAGCUGAAUGAGGAGCUGAGCAGCCUGCGAGAGCUAAGACUGAGGCUCGAGGAGGCCCAGGGCCGGGGGAUCACCGAGCUGCCCCACUGGGUCAUCCGAGACGAGCGCUUCCGCUGUCUUCUCCGAGAGGCAGAGAGACAGGCCAAGCAGACCAAACAGGAGCAGCGGCAGGAGGAGGCGGCAGAGAGAAUGCUGAGGAAAGCCUCCAAGGAGGUGUUACAGAUGAGGGGGCAGAACCAGAAGGAGCCGCUCCCAGUGCAGACAUUCAGAGAGAAGAUAGCAUUUUUUACCAGACCAAGACUCAACAUACCUCCUCUGCCAGCAGACGACGUAUGAGUGCCUUCCUACAUUAUAUGUCAUUAAAUAUGAAGUAUUCAUCUGUCUCGUUUUUUAUUUUCAUGGAGUAACUGAACAUAGUUAGCAUUGUCUUAAAAAAAGAACUUGUGCAAAAGCUAUUAAUAUACAAGUUUAAAAGUGUGUGUGUGUGUGUGUGUGUGUGUGUGUGUGUGUGU